CCUGCUUCCAUGGAUCCACUGCAAGCAGUCCACCUGAGUCCUCGGAAGAAGAGACCUAGGCAGAUGGGCGCCCCGGGGGCCUCCACACCUCACGAUGUCCGAUUUGGAGACUUGGUCCUCUUCAUUUUGGAGAAGAAGAUGGGAACAACUCGAAGAGCCUUCCUCAUGGAGCUGGCCCGAAGGAAAGGGUUCAGGGUGGAAAAUGAACUCAGUGAUUCUGUCACCCACAUUGUGGCAGAGAACAACUCCGGAUCAGACGUCCUGGAGUGGCUCCAGCUGCAGAACAUCAAAGCCAGCUCUGAGUUCAAACUCUUGGACAUCUCCUGGUUGGUUGAAUGCAUGGGAGCUGGGAAGCCAGUGGAGAUGACGGGGAGACACCAGCUUGUUGUGAGAAGAAACUCUUCCUUGAGUCCUGUCCCAGGCUCCCAGAACAUUCCAGCACCUGCUGUGCACAAGAUCUCCCAGUAUGCUUGUCAGCGAAGAACCACAUUAAACAAUUACAACCAAGUAUUCACGGAUGCCUUUGAUAUCCUGGCUGAAAAUGAUGAGUUUAGAGAGAACGAAGGUUCUUGUUUGGUGUUCAUGCGAGCAGCCUCUGUACUGAAAUCUCUACCAUUCCCCAUCAUCAGCGUGAAAGACACAGAGGGAAUUCCUUGCCUAGGGGACAAGGCGAAGUGUGUCAUAGAGGGGAUUAUUGAAGAUGGAGAAAGUUCUGAAGCUAAAGCCGUGUUAAAUGAUAAUAGAUAUAAAUCCUUCAAACUCUUUACAUCUGUGUUUGGCGUGGGACUGAAGACAGCCGAGAAAUGGUUCAGGAUGGGUUUCAAAACUCUCCAUGAAAUAAAGUCAGACAAAAGCCUAAGGUUUACACAAAUGCAGAAAGCAGGAUUCCUCUACUAUGAAGACCUCAUUAGUCGUGUGAACAGGGCAGAAGCAGAGGCCGUCAGUGUGUUAGUUAAGGAGGCAGUGGUGACAUUUCUUCCAGAUGCCUUGGUCACCAUGACUGGGGGUUUUCGCAGGGGUAAGAUGACUGGACAUGAUGUAGACUUUCUAAUCACCAGCCCAGAAGCCACAGAAGAGGAAGAGCAGCAGCUCUUGCAUAAAGUGACAGACUUUUGGAGGCAGCAGGGGUUGAUUUUGUACUGCGACAUCAUAGAAUCAACCUUUGAAAAGUUCAAGCUGCCUAGCAGGAAGGUGGACGCUCUCGAUCACUUCCAGAAAUGCUUCCUGAUUCUGAAGUUACACCAUGAGAGGGUGCACACCGAGAAGAGCGGCCAGCAGGAAGGAAAGGGCUGGAAGGCCAUCCGUGUAGAUCUGGUCAUGUGCCCCUACGAGCGCCGGGCCUUCGCCCUGCUGGGAUGGACCGGCUCUAGGCAAUUUGAGAGAGACUUGCGGCGCUACGCCACACACGAGCGGAAGAUGAUACUGGACAACCACGCUCUGUAUGACAAGACCAAGGGAAAGACUGACACAUUUUCACCUUUGAAUGGGAAAGUGUCAAAACUACAGAAAGCCUUGCGGGUGUUUCUUGAAGCAGAAAGUGAAGAAGAGAUCUUUGCCCAUCUGGGAUUGGACUACAUUGAGCCAUGGGAAAGAAAUGCCUGAGAAAGAGUUGUUGACAUUGUUCUUUUCAGCUUUGACAAACUGUGCUCUGUGUUAGUAAAAAGAUAGCCCGGGAAAGUCUGAGAUUCUUUGAGCUCAGAGGAUGCU